CCGUUUACCCCAAGGAAAUCGAAAGAUUACGAUCGUCACACGACGAAUUCUCGGAUGACCACCAGCGCAAACAUCCGACAAUUUACCUGCACGUCCCAGGCACUGGAUACCCAAACCCCACGAAGACGCGGAACCAUCGAGAAGAAAUUAACGAUUUAAGUAGAAUAAGUACAGAAUGGGUGCGGCUGGCAGUAGUAACAGUGCACCUCCUCCUCCCUCAGCGCCAUUGAGAUCGCGAAGCGAGGAAACAUUUAUCUACGGGACAGAGGAAUCCUGCUGUCCGGAGUACACGAACGAAAAUAUACGACAAAGGACGAGGACCAGCGCGUUCGACGUGGGUGAAGAACCCCGAUCGCAGGAUCCUAGUUCACAUGCGACCGUCAGAGGUGAAGAAUGGUGGAGCCAAAGACCAUCGGCGCCGAGUCUGUCGAACUUACGGUCAUCUCAUCCGGAGACACUGUUGACGUACGCAGCGCGGAUGACAGGUUGGCAAUCGGCCGAGGGGCACGGCCCUUCUUCGUUCUUGCAGAACCAUCAAGAAUCCAUGGAGCUAACGAGGGUGAUCACGCAGCUCGCGAUGGCGAAUCAGCAGCUGGCCACCGCGCACACGGCCACGUUGGCGCAUCUCGAGGAAUUGUACAAGGAAUUGCGGAAGGAGCGUGAAUCGAGGAGACGUGGAGUUACGUCGAUCGCCGUGUCAGACGGGACUGCGAAGACAAGACUGACGAUGGAGCAGGAGGACGAGGACGAGAACAGACGAAAAAUAGAGCAGGAGGAUGAGGACCAGAUCAGACGAAGAAUGGAGCUGAGGAUCGAUAGAUUGGAGGAUCUGUUGGCGUGGAAUCGGGAUGGUUGCCAGGGAGGACAAAGAAUUCGCGAUGAGGUCAAGAAGCCGCGAUCUAGGAUAGAUAGAUUCGAAUUGAUGGAGAGGACUCGGGGACCUAAGAAAACGGAUGAACAGCAAGGAUCCGGGAGUGUUUGUUCGAUGGAGAAUCAGGAUUUACGAACGGAUCGACAUACGUGUUAUGUCGAUGUUGUUCAUGAUAGGGUUCGAAAUAGGACCGACGUACCUGAAAGUGUUUUGAAAAAUCAGUCUUUCGUGGAACCGACGGAUGACGAGGGUCGAACGGGGUCUAUUCAUAGAACACGUAGCGUAGAUGAGACGGCCGUCUCGAAGUCCAGCGAUGAAACGGAUCGUUCGGCUGGGAAUUUGCAUUUAGAGAUGUCGGAGAGUCAGGGAUCUAGGGUGGAGGAUGGUCGAAUGGAAAGCUCGAGGGUGAACAUGCUGUCGGAGGAAAUCGAGAGAUUAAAGGCUGAACGAUUAGAGUAUCGAGGUUUGAACGACAAAUUGACUGGCGAGCUGGAUGAACAGAAGGAGGUGGUUAAACGAUUGACGGAAAAUUAUCAGGAAUCGAAGACACGUCAAGAAGAAAUGGAGUCGAGCUUUCGAGAAAACAAAGAAGAGUACGAAAAGCUCACAGCGAGGCUCGAAGUCGCCACGAAAGAAACCGAACGGCUGCUGAAAGAGAUCGACGCGUUCAAUGCGGAAAAGGACAGUGCCGAAGCUAGGAUUAAUAGCCUGGAGCAAGAUCUACAGAAGUCGUUGUCGGAAAAGGAGGAGAUUAAGAACAUCGAGAGCAAAAAGAUUUUGGAACUGGAGACACAAUUGUCCGAGGAGGUCGCGGACAAGAAAAAACAGAUAAAAGCCCUCGAGGAUGCUUUGAACGAGAUUCAAAGACUGAAGAAGACUGUCAAGACUGAGGAGAAGAGCGGCGAUGAUCACACCACGAAGGAAAAUAUCGGUCCAAGUGAUUCGACAAAUGAUCGUCAAGAAUGUCCACCGAUGAAUCGCACGACAAACAUAGAAGAAUUAAAAAAAGAGCUGACUUUGAAAAGGGAAGCCAGGCAACGAGCGAUCGCGGCCGUUUCGUCUGAAAUGGAGCGACUCAGGCGAGAAUUGGACGCGGAGAAAGAGGCUCAUUCGGAGACGUCGAGGGUUUUGGAUCUAUUAAGGUCUGCUCAGAACGAUGCGCAGACGCAUGAGCAAGGUAGCGAAGCCGAUGGAAGCUUCAAGAGAUCAAGGUCCAGGGAUCCGAAGCCGGAUGAGCAUGAACUGGCAAUGAAACGUGUGGAAGCUCAACGAUUGACGAGUAUACUGAAGGUCUCCGACGAGCUGCGAAACGACAUACGCUUUCAAAUCGAGAAAGUGGACGACCUGCGUUAUCAUCUGGAAACCGAGCCCGAUCAGCAUCGCUACCGCAUUCGUUGCUUGGCAGACGUUACAAACAGGACGCGAGAGGCUCUCCACGCCAGGGAACGGCGUGUCAACGAUCUGAAGGACCAUCUAGCGCAGAUUCUGGUCCGAUUAGGGGACAGGAGUUUCUUGGAUCAUACGGACGAGGUCGGGCUGGAGUGCGAACGUCAGCUGGAGAACAUCAAUAGCCUGAAGAGCCUUUACAACGAGAGACUGAAAGUGCUGACGGAACUGAAGGACGGGGCGAUCAAGGAACUCGUGGACGUAAAGGAGAGAUUGGACCAUUCGUUGAAGCAAUCCGAGUGUUUGGAGGACGAUCUGAGAAAGGCUGACGAUAAGAUCGACGCCCAGGAUACCGAGAUAUCGAAUUUAGAAUCACAGUUAGGACUAACCAAGGCGGACUGCAGGGAUCUACAGAAUCAGAUGUCGCUGAUCAAUGGACUGUUCACGCAAAUACUACUGGGUGCUUCCUCUGCGGAUAUGGACCUCGAUCGACUGACUCAGUUACUUCAGGAGAAUCACGAUCUGAUAAGUGACAUGGCAAGAGAGGAAAGUACCGAGGCCGCAGCACUCCCGAAGCUGCUUCUGGACCUGGUGGAGCAGGUCGAGGGUGGGAAAGGGUCGCCGAAACGCGCCGAAACGGAAAGUGGGACUGAAAAUGAGACGGACAAGAAGGAGGAGGAUCUGCAACAGGAGGAAAUAGCUCACAAUCUGCCUAAGGUCUGGCGCGUUUUAUUGGAGCUGCUGAGUUGCCACGCGGAAGGUGCUCAGACUGCAUCGGUAGCCAUGUGUUCGGACCCUAACAGUUGUUACAAGUCUGUGGACACACCUGCUGGGCCUCGAUUAGUGAUAUCAGUUAGCAAAACGUACAUUCGAUUGAAGGAGUUGAUUUUAGAAAAGAAACAUUUGGAGAAGGAAAUGAACAGGAUGAAGCAGUUGAAUUGUCACUUGGAAAGCAAACUUGGAGAACAGGAAAAGAGACUGUCAGCGGUAUCAGCGGAGCUGAGCAAAACAUGGACAAUCGUCGAUCGAAUGCAGGCGCAGCAUCAGCAGCUGCACACUCACGAGAAGAUUUUGCGGUACGAGCUGCAACAGAAGCGAAAAAUGCUGCAGGAGUUGAAACAGGAGUUGGAGUACUGUCGCGAGAAAUGGGAGUCCGCCAGACAAAAGAAUACCAACACGGAAUUGCAAUGGAGAAGCUUGCGACGUGAAUUCGCCGCGAGGAAAGCCUUGGCUGUUCAUGAUUCAUUCAGUAACAGCGCUGAGAGUGGAUUCAGCGACGAACGAGGCGAUGACACGGACGAGGAAGAGGAUAACUCUGUCGAAGAAAGAAUCAGGCUAGGCCCACGCAGAAGACCGCGAAAGGAAAGUCCCCGAGUGCCGUCACCAGACACGGAAUCAGAGCAACCAACCGAUACCGAACUGUCAGAGCCAAAAACAAGUUCCUCGACAACCCUGGAGCAACGAACUCCUACUCCAGAAACGGAAGCUGAACUAGAGGAUGCUGAAGUAGCGGAAACUGCAAUGAACGCUGAAUCCGAAGAUCAGUUGAUAGACAUCUCGCAAGAAUCCCUGGAUCCCCUAGACCAGGCUCUAACAAACGUAAUCCAAAACCUCAUAGGCAUCAACGAUUCAAACGCAACUUCGUUGGUCUUCGAGAACGAAAUCGACGAAUCGACUGUCACUGAAAACCCUCUAAACGAUUCCUUAGCAACUUCUUUCGCGAUGAACGCGACCAUCGAACAUUCUGCUCCAAUGGAAACUUCCGAAUCACUGAAAGUUACCCACGAUAAUUCCGAAGGAUAUCUCCGACCGGAAGUCUUGUUACCGGCCGAUCAAUUGAUCACCACAGAAGACUCCGAAAAAACAACGGACAUGGACGGUGAGAAAGUAAAGAACGAAGAACCCUCAGACUCGUCUGUGACUGACGUACCCACCGUAACUAGCCCAAUCAGCACGCAGCCUGUGUUCUCUAUCGGGCCCUUCCCCUCGUCCGCCAUGACACUCACGAUCAUGAAAAACGUUCAAUUCAGCGAUCCUCUGAUCGUUGGUCCGUCUAAUCCGUUUUCUGCUCCAGUGUUCGGCUCGUCGCAAUCAGACGUCGACGGUCACAUCGAGAUCGUAUCGUUUUCAUCGUCGUUCGACUCUUCGACGUCCGUCUCGCCCACAUGCCAUGACGGCGGUGAGCCUAAAAGCCUCGAGAAACGUGGCGCCAGGUCGACAGAGAGUAUCGUUGACUCGGACAGCCUUUCAGUGGACUCGUCGUCGAGCUUGGAAACGGUGAAAGAAUUCCCCACAACGGACCCACCCCCAUCGACUUCUCCCGUCGAAGAGGAAAGAACGAAGAACGCAGAGGCCCCAGUGAAAGAAGAGGCCAAGGCAGCUGUAAAAGCUAGAACGCCGGAAGAAGCUUUGGCAGCCAGAGAGGAGAGACUGAAGAGGCUGGAGGAACAGGCGAAAUGGUUGAUGAACAAAAUGAACGCGACCAGCAGACGAGGAUCCGCGUUGAGCACCAGGCUCGAGGAACUUCACGAGGCCUACGGGGAACCACCUGCUCCUCCGCCUAUGCCAGACGUUUUGCCUAGUCGAAGACUGAGGACGAAUUUCACGGAUCUACCUCGCCAGGUACCUGAAUCAUCGGGCAGCGUAGGUACCGAAAAUAUGAGAAAAACGGUACCGAGCAACGAUUCCAACGAAGCACCGUCGGAUAGCGCGCCUUGAGACGCCCACGAAUUUUUAUCGUACGAGGAGACACAUAUUACUCGACGGUUUAUUUUCGUCGUAGACGGAAACACGUGUAUCAUCGGACUGUGAAAACGCGUUGGCUCUUAUUGUAAAGUGGUGUAUAUGUAACUGAAACGAGCCAAACUCGUUUGGCUUCGAUGCCAAGAAUAUAAAAAAAAAAAAAAUUAAGACUCGACGUAGAAAACUAAUCGUUACGAUUAAUGAAUGUUGCAGGUUGAAUUUUCACUUACUCGAAACCACCAUAAUCGUGACGAGAAGAAACUUUGAAAUGUGUCAUUAUGUUCGAAGCCGGCGACGUUAUUAAUUAAGUAUCUUUGUUAUCGAUGUGCCAUAUCGUUUAUAUAUCGGUGUAAGUAAUCUCUUGUUGUUCCUAACUGCGGAGAGUAAAUGUGAUCGCUCGUGAAUCCGUUCCUGUUUUUGUACCUUCUAUGAUUGUACCUACUAAUUUCUCUACGCACAUAAAGAAUCAAUACACACCACUGGUGGGUCUUAUUAAACAAUUAACCCCAGGCCGAUAGAUUAUUUUAUCCUCGUUAAACUUACGACGGAACCAGCAUGCCUCUAAUGAUUAUCCUUCCCGUGAAUCGAUCGAAAUUUUUAGCUGAAUGUUUCGAGGAAA